AUGUCGCGCCACCAGGCAGUCCGCAAUCUCGACUACGAGGAGGUCCUCGAUGAGUAUGACGCAGACGACUACGAAGAUGAGAAUGAAGGCGAGCAGCUCAGCGCAGAGGACCGUCAGGCCAUGGCCGAAGGCACUCAGUUCGUGCGCAGCUCCCUAGGCUCUGACGCCGACAAAGUCACCACACAACAAAUCCAGGAUGCACUCUGGCACUACUUCUACGACAUCGAAAAGUCGGUCUCUUACCUCAAGAAGAAGUUUAUCGAUCCGCCCCCGAAGCAGGAGUCCAAGAAGACCAAAGAUGAUGGCAUGGGUUUAUGGUCGUGGGAUGACGAGGUCUUGGAUGGUGCUGUGUCCGAUUCGCAUGCAGGGUACCCGGUUCCCAGGAUUGCCUCCUUGACUGCCGCAAGCUACUUCCACGGGAUCUCUUGGAUGGGCAUUCCUCAAUCCCGGCAGGCUAUCUUGACUCCCCCUCAACCCCUUCCGGGCGGUCUGCUUGGUGGCGGGGAGGGCCCCAAACUCUCCAAGCUCCAAGCACUGGCAGCUGCGCGUAAGAAGAAGACGGAUGUCAAGAAGGAUGACGACAAAGUCGACCGCGCUGAGAAGCGCAUGUCUUCCUUGGCAAUCACUGAGCCAUCAUCGAAGGAGAGUGGUUCAGGCCUCCUGGCCAAACGGCAGAAGCUAUCUGGAGAGUCGACACCCCAACCAUCGGCCACCUCUCAACUUCGAACCUCAUCCUCGGACGCGCCAUCUGGAAUGGACGUCGAUCUGGCGCAGGAAACGCCAGCGAGGAAUGACGAACUGACCCAGGAUGACUGCUUCGUGGUGCCAUCAACGAGACCGUCCGCCUUUGCUCAGACGCUCUUCGGACCAAGCCAGGACUCUGCCGACGCCUCUCAGACCUACAACAUGCCGUAUACGGCCUCGUCGUCCUUCGUGCCCAGUGCUUUCACCCAGCCAAGCCCUGAUGACAUCGUGCUCGCUGCCCAGGCGAAAGCGGGCAACAAAUUCGACGCCGCUGCCGCCAAGAGCGCAACCAAGAAAGUGGCCGCCAAAUCGAAGGCCAACGAGGCUCCUGCUGGUGAGAUGAAGCAGUUGCAGCUUGACGAAUCAGCAGUACCCAAGAAUAAGAAGCUCGACGUGCUGAAAGAGUUUGAGAAGAGCGAUAACAAACGAAGUGCAAGUUUCGUCGUGGUUGGCCACGUCGAUGCAGGAAAGAGUACCCUCAUGGGCAGGUUACUGCUAGAGCUCAAGUUUGUUGAGCAACACCUGAUCGACCGGUAUCGUCGUCAGGGAGAGAAGAUUGGCAAGGCAUCGUUUGCACUUGCGUGGGUGAUGGACCAGAGAGAGGAGGAGCGCGAGCGUGGCGUCACCAUUGACAUCGCCACAAAUCAGUUCGAAACCGACAAGACACGCUUUACGAUCCUCGACGCCCCAGGACACAGGGACUUUGUUCCCAAUAUGAUUGCUGGAGCCAGUCAAGCAGACUUCGCAAUCCUUGUUAUCGACGCUAACACGGGAGCUUUCGAGAAGGGCCUGAAGGGACAAACCCGAGAGCAUGCCCUGCUUCUACGCAGCCUGGGCGUGCAGAGGGUCAUCGUCGCCGUCAACAAGCUUGACAUGGUCGGUUGGUCCAAGGACCGAUUCGAUGAGAUUUCAGAACAGGUCACCGGUUUUAUGAAGGGCAACGGUUUUCAACUCAAGAACGUUACCUUCGUUCCCAUUUCAGGACUCAACGGCGACAACCUGGUGACAAGGCCAGAAGACGAGGCGCUGUCAUGGUACACGGGGCCAACGUUGAUCGAGGCGUUGGAAGACUCAGAACCAAUGACGAGAGCGCUCCAGAAGCCAUUCCGCAUGUCGAUAUCAGAAAUUUUCCGGUCUCAGCAAAGCCAGCUGACAGUGGCUGGUCGGAUAGAGUCCGGCACAGUACAGAACGGGGAGUCGCUCAUCGUGCAGCCCAGCGGCGAACCGGCCUCAAUACGAUCGAUCGAGGUGGACUCGGAACCGCAAGAAUGGGCGGUGGCUGGCCAGAGCGUAAAUAUCGGUCUGUACGGAAUCGACCCAAUUCACGUGCGCGUUGGCGACAUCAUCAGCACUAAGGCAGCACCCAUCGACACAAGCGACACCCUGACAAUGAAGGUGCUGGCAUUCGACCACUUGAUGCCGCAGCCAGUGGACGUUCACCGUGGUCGCCUGCACGCUGCCGGCAGAAUUGAGGCUAUUCCAGCCGUGCUGGACAAGGUCACAGGCGCAACUGUCAAGAAGAACCCCAAGAUCGUGCAGCCUGCCAAGGUUGCGCGGGUGGUCGUCAGGCUAGAGUCCAAGGUGCCUUUGGAGGCAGGACAGAGAGUGGUCUUGAGAAGCGGUGGCGAGACAAUUGCCGCAGGGCUGCUCGAGUAA